AUGCCUCCUUCCAAGCCCAAGGCUUCUGAAAUGGCUGCGGAAGCGAAGAAGACAUACAUUCCUUACAUCCGCUACAACUUCAGUGAACAGUGGCCUCCGACAUCCUACCUAUGCUACUCGGAAUCCAUAGUCGCUUCACCCCCACUCAAAGGAGACAUGCAGCAAUGUCGUUUUGCGUUUUACGAAAGAGAUCCCGUCGACCUUGCUCUUGACUGGAUGGAACCAGGAGGCCCACGGAUUCCAGUCAUCAUGUCAGCAAACGAAAAAAGGCCAGGGGGGGAUUGGGAAGCUAGUGUGAUGUCACCAGAAGAAUGUCUUUGCCGGAGAAGUAACUUGAUCGCUACUCUGACGACUCCGGCUGCUGGGGAUUGUCCGUCGAACUAUCCAAUUCCUCCCAAAUGCGGAAUCUACUCGGCAAAUGUGGUAGUGUUUCGAGAUGGGCCAGAGAAGUAUGAGCCUUGGUCGGUGUACAAAUCCUUGCCGAUUAUUUCCAUCUGCCCGGUGAAAAGGCCGAAGAUAGACGCUGAGAAGAAGACGUAUACCUUCAAGACCGAGAAGGAGCUGAUGAGAGAUAAGAUCCGCCUCGCGUUACGGAUGGCCGUGUAUUUCAAGCACAUCAACCUUGUCAUCGGGGCAUUUGGCCUCGGAUCGGGCUUCAAGAACCCUCCUGAAGAGGUUGCACUGCUGUGGAGAGACGCGUUACUCAAGGAUCCCGAGUUUGUGGGUCACUUCCGAGACGUGGUCUUCGCUUUCGAUUCGCCGGAAGGGACAGCCGCGGCAAGCUCGGGCUCCAAGUCAAGCUCGAAGUCAAGCUCGAAGUCAAGCUCGAAAUCGUCGUCGAAGAGCUCGUCCUCCUUGCCCGCCACCAGCCCAUCCGCUGACCUGGACGUCUUCCGGCGUGUGUUCAAGCCUGCCAACGUCCACAAUGCUUUCCAAACACCUAUCACUUCAUCGAUGUACUCACCUGCUUCCAGUUCAUCAUCCAGCUCGACGUACCAUUGA